CAAACUGUGUCACGUGUGUGUCGAGUCUGACCGUCGAUUAUUUAUUUUCGUUCUACUCGACAAUUCCAAAAAUCAGUGCCAUUCAUUGGCUUUAGCUUUGCCCUUGAACUUGAAAUCUCGUGCCUUAUUCUUUCUUGGGGACUGGUGUUGGAUAUUGAACGGGCGGAGUGACCGCCGGGAUGAUGGAUGAAGGAGAUGAUGGCCUAAACUUGGCUGCGCGCAUUCUCAUUUUCGCGUGGCCUGCCACUAGUGUUUCGCAGAUUCACAAAGGGUGUCACAGGCAUAGCUGGAGGAAGAAAGGUACUACACGAAUGCGAAACGCGACAAACUCUACAACGUCAUUAGCCUGGAGUUCACCAAGACUAAGUUGGAGCCUCUAGUGGAGUCACCCAGUCUGGUACUGCCUGAUGAGCGUCGGUGGCUGCUACACAGAUUUCCGUAUCGACUUUGGUGGCACAUCCGUCUGGUAUCAUAUUCUCAAGGGUGGAAAGGUUUUCUGGCUGAUUCCUCCGACCCCAAUCAAUCUUCAGAUCUAUGAGCAGUGGGUGUUGUCCGGUAAACAGCAGGAUAUCUUCCUGGGUGACAUGGUCGAGACGUGUGCCCGCGUCGAAUUGAAACCAGGCUGGACUUUUGUCAUUCCUACUGGCUGGAUUCAUGCAGUUCACACUCCUGUGGAUUGGCUAGUGUUUGGUGGAAACUUUCUGCACAGUUUCAACAUAAGCGGUCAGCUUGCCGUGGCGGACAUUGAAGAAACUACUAAGAUACGGACGCAGCGAAGCUCUCUACUGCGCCCGCAUGCGCCGAGAUCCCACUGCUGUCAACGGAUGACACUGCAGCCCAGUCGCCAGCAACGGCGGCAGCUGCUGCUGCUGCUUCGCCAGGAGAUGGGAACAGCUCAAGGCGGCAAGCCACCUCCAUCACCGCCAUCCUGCCUGCUCUCGGACAUGGCCUGUCUCAGCUCGUAUGAGAUUGAUGGCUUGCGACGGCUGCUGGUCGAGCUGAACGUUUCCACGACGAUGGUGAGGGCGUGUCCCGAGGAGCUGGGGGAUCCUGGGGAGCUCAUGUCGACCGUGGAGAUUCUGUUGAACGAGUAUGAAAGCCGGUUUCGCGAGGACAAGGCCACUGGACAUUUUAUGCUCAUACCGGGAAUACAAUCUGAGAAUCUGCGUGUGUCGCCCGCACCAAUACCUGACAACAUUGUGGAAAUAGUUGCAGUUGAAACAGAGAAUUUAUGCAAGUCCUCAGCUGCUACUGCAUCUCCAAGAAAGACAGCUGGUAUAUCAUCUCGUGACGACCACAUUGAAGUCUGAAUUUGAAGUGCGAAGAUGCUUCAGCAACCACAUCGUACUUUUCCAUUGCUUUCAUUGUGCUUCUACUGUGCAUGUGUGUAACUUGUGGGGUAUACAUGUGAUGACAUUGUAUGCUGGCGACACGGUCAGAUUUUGUCCAUGCGUGUAACGUACACCUGCAUGUUAUGCAUCGAAAAGGAUCUGCCACUUGCGAUCCUGGGACAAGUAUCAGGUCAGCUUUGUCUUGUGUGGGCUGUACCAGAUUGCUGUUCACUUUUCUAUCUGUUGGAUAUGUGACUUUCUGCAAGUCUCUGGUGUAUGGUGGCCACUUCUUUGCUUGUCACUUUGUAUGAUAUUACAUUCUGUAUUCGCUGCUUCCAUGGCGUGGUCUGCAAACUACAAUCCUUGGGCAAAUGUCAUGUUUGCUAUGUUGUGCUUUGGCCGUUAGCUUGUCUACACGUUGUAGUUGAAUUAUUUUGUUCCACAACUGACUUCCUGAAGUACGGUGGCCACUGCUUUGCAUGGCAUUUUA